CAGAAGGAUUAUGAAGUGGCGACUGCAAUACCUGCAGCGGGAAGCUCGAAAUCAUUGCAAAACCUGUCCAAAGAACAACUGUGCGUGACCUCAACCAUUAUCCUGCGUUAAGGAUAAUCCGAUCUGCAUUCGGCGUUUAACCAGUCAGGAAUGUCCUGCUCCUCUCUUGGUCGGCGGCUGGUUGCGUGUCUCCUGAACAUCUCAGAGGCGCGGAGACGAGACCUGGUGGAGACAGUAGCCAGAUCAGCUAUCACCGACGCGCACGGAAGAGCGCGUGAGGGCGUCACAGUGCUGAACAUCUUCAAUGACUUCGACUACAACCGCUCUGUCAUUACUAUUGUUGCAAGCAUUGACCUAAUAAGAGAGGCUGUAUUGUCAGCUUGUCAACAUGCAUGUUCUAUCAUUGACAUGAAUGCCCAUGAUGGCAUCCACCCAUGUAUGGGUGCUGUGGAUUUGGUUCCUCUUUAUCCGCUCGGGGAGGAGGUAGGCCUGGAGGACUGUGGACAAGAAGCCCAGGCAUUAGCCAAGGCUCCGACAGAGAGAGUUCCAGGUUCCAGCGCAUUUUUGUUUGGCUGGGCAGAUUCUCAGCAUCGAAGUCUGGCUCAAAGGAGGAAGGGGAUUGGCUGGUUCAAAAAGGCCAGGGACAUAUCAACCAUACAACCAGAUAUAGGUCCACAGCCAGCCAGAAGAUAUGGCAUUACUGGUGUUGGUGCCAGCCCCUAUACAAUGAACUGCAACGUAACCAUAGAUACUCAGGAUCUGUCCUUGGGACGGUUUUUGGCUUCAGCAAUCCGUGAAUCCAGUCCUAAUGGUAUCCCUGGAGUGCAGGUCAUAGCCUUGCCACAUGAAGGUGCUGUGGAAAUUGCUUGCAACGUCGAAAGCGUUGAAAAUGGAUCCCAGUCUUUCUCUUAUGAAGGGGAGCCAUGGCCAGGCUUCACCAUUAGAGGGCAAAACUUAUACCAUGCUCCAGCUUCGCUAAUCACAGCACGAGUGGCUUUGCUGGCUAGGCACCAUGGUGUGGCCAUCAAGGGUACAGCCCUGGUAGGCUUUACCCCGUGUGAGUGCCGAAGCAUGGCAGAGGGUGCACUAUCAAAGGGCAUUAAACAGUUUUGGAAAAAGCUGCCCCAUAUACACAUGUAAAAAAUAAAGCAGUUAUUAAUACUAGGUGGAAAACAACCCAGUUUUUUUUUUAGUGUGUGGGUUUCCAUAUUGACGCUUCCUUUAUAGGAAGGCAGUUCUUGGGUCUCACAUGUAACAUUACAUACAAAAUUAAUAUCCGAGGAUAUAAUAUAUAUAAUUUUCUAUGCACACAUAGGAAUAAAAUACUGUGCGCACACUGCAAGCAUGAAAUUUAUGAACGUUUUAUACGAGACCCUUGUUUUAGCUUAUCAGUAUUGAAUGUUUGUAUUCAAUUGUCAAUGCUAAAACAGGCUUUUGUUCAUCAAGUUCAAAUAACAUGGCAGCUUUUAAAUUAUAUCUAGAAACCAUAUUCACUUAAUAGGUCAUAAAUGCACAUCUUAUAUGCAAGGAAUUCGUCUGGUCUAGGUCUUGCAUUGCCGAAUGAAAAGUAUAAAGACAGCUAGGAAAAACAUCAAAACUGCAGUUUUGUUGACAAAAUGUAAUAUGCUCUACUAGUCCCUUUGGAUAAAGCAUCUGUUAAAUGAAUAAAUGAAAUGUAAUAUGCAGUAACCUACCUGGCAAAAAGAUAUACAUACUAGCAUGAGAUUCUUACUAAAGAAAUAGAAAACACUCAUGAGCACUUGCAUAAACAGCACAUUUCAGGGUCCAAGAUAUCAAUUUACUUACCUAAAAAGGGAAGGCCAUCUUAAAAUGGGUAGCACUGGUGCAAGGCUGGAUAUCAAAUCUACAGGCGAAGCAGCCACUCACGUUGACAGUAAUGCAAAAAUAAUAAACCCUUUAGCUAGCUACAUUUGCUUGACUGACAGCAUCCAUUACAUAUUAAACAUUUUAAGCCAAUACAAAUAAAGUAUUGAUGUCAGUAUAAAGCAGCACAAAAUGUGUCCGAGUGCAACUGACGUGUAUGAGCUGAUGCCUCGUUUCACAAAAUCCUAAU